AUGGAUCCCUUCAAUGAGGUCGAGGAGGACUGCUGGGCGCAGAUCCACGCGCUACAAUCGUUGGUCUCGUCCACCAAACAAAUCACUGGGGAGCGCAAGCUCGAUUUCCAGAACGACUAUCAGGAGUUGGCCGAAACUUUGGAAGACCUCAGGCAGGCCGUGCACAUCUCGGAGCUGAACCCGGCGCAGUUCAGUUUGACAUCUUCGGACAUAGCGGACCGCAAGCAGAUUCUUGCGCACUUGCAGAAGAAAAUACACGAUCUUAAUGACACGUGGAACGAGCUUGUUACGAAUCCACACAGGCCACGUGAGGUGACCACGAUGUCCAACCGCAUCAGCCAGGAAGGCUCGGAAAACCCGUUUGCCGACGACCUGCGCCUAGACCGCGAGUUUGAUCUGUUCCAGCAGCAAGAGGUGAUCCAGUCACAGGACUUGCAGCUUGACCUGAUCCACAAGACCAUGCAGAAUUUGAAUCAGCAGGCUGCCCUCAUGGGCAAUGAGUUGGAGGACCAAGGAUACAUGCUAGACGAUCUCGAUAACGAGAUGGACGCUGUGGGCAACAAGUUACAGCGGGGGCUUCGAAGAGUCAACCACGUGAUCGAGAGGAACAGGGAGACCGCCAGCAACUGGUGCAUAGGCAUCCUCGUGGUGGUGUUGUGCAUCUUGUUGGUGGUGCUUAUCGCCGUGUAG